AUGAACUAUGUGGGGCAGCUGGCUGAGAGUGUCUUUGCCACAGUGAAGGAGCUGUACCAGGAUCUGAACCCCGCCACCCUGUCAGGCUGCAUCGAUGUGGUCGUGGUGAGGCAGCCCGACAACUCCUUCAAGUGCUCCCCAUUUCAUGUGCGCUUUGGGAAGCUGGGGGUGCUGCGCUCCAAGGAGAAGGUGGUUGACAUUGAAAUCAAUGGAAAGCCUGUGGAUCUGCACAUGAAGCUGGGAAACAAUGGAGAAGCCUUCUUUGUCGAGGAGUUAGAGGAGCAUGAGCAUCCCUUUUUUCCUCUGCACAUCCCCCAUCUGCAAGAAGCGGAGGCCUCGAGCAUUGGAGUGAUCCUGCACAAGAGGAGGCAACACAAGAGAAGGCCCAAGAAGAAAGAGGUGUUGGACUCAGAUUCUGACAGCUGUGAUGAGACCGAAAAUGAGCUGCCAGCCCCAAGUGGUGCAGCACAUUUAUCCCUUGUUGAUCUUGUUGAAGUAACUGGGUUGUUGCAGCCCCAAGAGAUAUACCCAUGCUCCGAUGGGGUGGUGCUCAAAGUGGACAGCUUCAUGUUGGGCCAUCAGUAUUCUUCCAAAAGUGAUUCUGAACUGGAGAUCAAACCACGGGAAAGUUUUUCUCUAGCAGCUGAAUCCCACAUGAAGUGGAUGUGGGGAAGGCUUCCUCAGAUGAAUAAAUUGGUGCAAGUUGAAUCAACCAAUUCCACAAAGAUCACUGCUGCUGCAGCAACCACCAUCUCUGCAACACUGGUCCCAGUGGAUGAGGCAACCCCUCUUGUUGCCACCUCUGAACAUCUGGGAGGGGAUUCAAGCCCAGCAGAAUCUCAGGGCCAUUCCUCAGCUGUGUCUGCAACUGAGCCAACACUUGCACCCCAGGCUGGGAACAGCAUCUCCAGGCUGAGGAACAUCCUCCAUGCUGUCAGGACAAAGAGAUUUUUGGGGGCCUACUCAGUCCCACAAGAGAAACAGAAGAGAGAUGUGAAUGUUGUGCCAGAGGUUCAGCCAGAUGUGGAGGCCUUUGAGGGAGCCACUGCUCCAAGGCAGGUGGGCUCAGAAAGCCCCACGUCCCAGCUGGAGAGGCAGAGAAGACAAGGAUCCAUCAAAAGAAGUCCUCACUUGGAUCCCAGUACCAUUAACCUGGAAGACUUCUCUGAGCUGGACAAGAAGCCAGUGGCUCUCUAUUUGGCCAGGAGUGACACAGAGCAGAGUUUGAGGCCUGUGACAGACCCCAACAACCCUGUGUGUAUCCAGCUGCCAUCCACCUUGCCUGCCAACAGCCCCAUGGACUCUGACUCGAUGCCCACAGUUGCCCUGUCACUGUGUGGGGGCCUCAGGGGCAACAGGCCAAUCUCUCAUGAGAAGUUCAUGGAACACAUGGUUUCCUACCAGCAGUUUGCUGAGAAUCCAAGGCUCAUCAGUGACCCAAACCUGGUGAUAAUGGUCAACAAGAAGUAUUACAACUGGGCAGUGGCUGGUCCCAUAGUCCUGGCCCUGCAGGCUUUCCAGAGGAACAUUCCUGAGAACAUCAUUGACCAAUUGGUAAAGGAGAAGAUGCCCAAGAAAGAGAGGAGGUAUUGGUUGUCCUGGAGGAGGAGAGAAUUCCCAACAGAGGGGAACACAGCUACAUGUCAGUCACUGAAGAAAAUUAACCAGAACCAGCACACCGCUCCCUGCCUGCAGCAGCAGCCAAGGCCAAGGAAAGCCAGCGUGGGGACACUGUGGUGUGACACUGCUCAGCAGAGGUGGGAGGAAAUGGAGUCACCCAGUGACAAUGAGCCCCAGCACCCUGGGGACAUAUCCACAGUGGAAACUGCCACUCACAAUCCCCUGCCAACCUUCAAGAAAUCCCUGAGGCUCUCCUCUAAGCAAAUUGGAAGGUUAAAUCUGCAGGAUGGCCCCAACGAGGUGGCAUUCAGCGUGACGACUCAGUACCAGGGUACGUGCCGCUGUGAGGCCACCAUCUACCUGUGGAACUGGAACGAAAAAGUGGUGAUCUCAGACAUCGAUGGCACCAUCACCAAAUCGGAUACUCUUGGACAUAUCUUGCCACAGCUGGGUAAAGAUUGGACUCACCGUGGGAUUGUUAAACUCUUCCACAAAAUCCACCUGAAUGGCUAUAAGUUCCUCUACUGCUCAGCCAGGGCUAUUGGCAUGGCCCACAUCACCAAAGGCUACCUCAAAUGGGUCAAUGAGCAAGGCUGUGGCCUCCCCAUGGGCCCCAUGCUGCUGUCCCCCAGUAGCCUCUGGUCUGCCUUCCACAGGGAAGUGAUUGAGAAGAAGCCAGAGGUGUUCAAGGUCACCUGCCUGACAGACAUCCAAAAAUUGUUUACUACAAAGUGUCCCUUCUACGCGGGCUUUGGGAACAGGCCCAAUGAUGUCUACACUUACAAGCAAGUGGGGCUGCCAGAGAGCCACAUAUUCACUGUAAACCCCAAGGGAGAGCUGAUCCAGGAGCUCUCAAAGAACCAAAAGUCAACGUAUGAGCAGCUGUCGGAGCUGGUGGAGGUCUUCUUCCCUCCUGUGGGACAGAGGGGGAGCACUGCUCUGGUGUCCCCACAGUACAGCCACUUUGCCUACAGGAGACCUCCAUUGCCUGAUGCUGACUUGGAUGGCUUGCCCUAA